CCCGAACCUGCUCUCGUCACACAAGCGGAUGCCAUGGAGUGUGACGAUGGAGGUCUUGGACGAGCUGUUGGUGCUAAAGGUGCUGGCGUUUUGUUCUCUGAAGUCGCUGGCCACCUGGGAGACGCUGCGUUCCUCGAGAGAACGGCAGAGUGCCGAGUAUGCCUCCUAUUGGUUGCGACUUCUCCAUGGCCAAGCCGAUGUCUCCGACGUCUCCCGAGACCCGCGAGCCGCGACGGCAGCGAAGGCGGAGUUGCGGGGCAUCAAAGCGGCCUUCGCCCAGCUGAGCGUCUCCCGGGCCUCCAAUGGAGGAUGGAAAGCCCUUAGUAUUGGAGAAUUGGAGGAGUGUUCUCUGAUGGCUCAUCGGCUCCACCUGGAUUAUGGGGAAGGCCGGCGCUUGUUUGACGCGGAAGGGAGGUGCAUCGCACAGGUUCAGCGCGUCGGAUUGACGCACUUUGACGUGCAGGGUUGCUUUGCAGAUGAUGAUUGGCAUAACUUUUUGGAAUCUGUUCGCGACAGUGAGUGGAGACCUCUGCGGCAACUGCGUCCUGCUCGCUCCGAAUACCUUGAGGUCUUUGACACUCUGCUCAGCUUCGGCCUGAUUACUGAAGGUCAUCCAGCCUUUCAUGGUUUUGCGUUUAUGCCGGACAUGAGCAAUCUCGUUUGGCGAGCCGAAGGACACCGUCAGUUUCUGCAUGUGGUGAUGACAUUGUUCUGUGGCGGCAUUCAACGACGAUGUGAGGCCUACAUGGGUCCAGGAAACGAGGAUGUCUUGGACCAGUACAUCGGCUAUUUCCAGCCCUGGCACGUUGCCCCGUUCUGGGUGCACACGCCCAGCAAUUUUGAGGGUCUUCACCAAAGUGUGAAUUUGGAAAUGCGCCAAAUGUCCAUUGAAAGUCCCAGCAGCAGAUGGCACUGUGUUCAAACCAUGGAUGCCGAAUGGAACGAACACUUGGACAGCACACCUUUCUGCCCAACGAUCUUCGCAGGGGCACAGAAUCCCUUUGCAACGCUUCCCUUUGAAGCUGGUCUGUUUGAGGGUUCCAUUGCUUUAAUUCGCCAGGGUGGAGGCUGUGGUUUUGCACACAAAGCUUGUGCAGCCAGAGAUGCAGGUGCAGUUGGUUGCAUCAUUUGGAGCACUGAGCCCAUUCUGGAUUUGUUAAAUGGACCAAUGGUCCGUACUUUCCAGGGUCAAGAAAGUCCAGAUCCAGGGAUUCCUUGUGUGCUGAUCUCUGACGAUGCUGGUCGACGUGUCCAUGCCGCGCUGGAUCAAGGACCUUUAUACGUCCAGAUCAGAAUCGAUCGCAACGAGUCCUUCCAGACCUUUCGCGAGAACGUGGCCCAGGGCCAUCGCGUCCGUGUGGCGAUGUUGGCCGAAUACAUCAGCGCGAAACCUGGAAUGGGCGGCGUUGAUUUUCAGGAAUAUUUCUUUCGAAAUAUGUGACCUGGUCACUUUUGGAUUCCAGGUAGAUGUACAUAUCAUUCAGGCCUGUUGCAUUGUUUGAACCCACAGCCUAUGCUGCACGGAUAGGGUUUUGGUAUGUUCUGGUUCUGUUGUUGUUGUUGUGGUUGCUUUGGGCGUUGUGUCGGCUUUGCUUGCGCAAAAAACAGGUUCUGAAUGCUCAUAGAAGUGUUGUGUUGUUUGUACAGUCUAGGAUGGUUUCCAACGAGCAACGCUUUUGCAAACAUGGUAGCAGGCAAAAAAA